AUGCUCAGGCUCAAAUUUUCACGCUGGUACCUGCUCGUUGCAGCUUUUUUGGUGGAAUUCUGUCUUGGUUCAAUUUACGCGUGGUCGGUGCUUAAUCAACCCAUCGACUUGGCUUUCUACGGCGAUGCCCAAAAGGGCCGUGCAGUGAACGCAUUUUAUAUUAGCAUGGGUGUUUUAGGAACGGCAACAGCAGCUUUGGGACCCUUAGUUGAGCGCAAGGGACCCCGUUGGUCUGUGUCCAUUGGGUCGACAUUGUUCUUAGUAGGUCACCUUGUCACGGCUCUUGGAGUCUACUUUGCGUCCAUAGCUUUGGUUUAUAUUGGUUACGGUGUAAUAACCGGGCUCGGUAUUGGUUUGUGCACUAUAUCACCUGUUUCGGCACUUCAAAAGUGGUUUCCCGACUAUCGAGGCACUGCCGCCGGAUUCGCUACUGCUGGUGCCGGUGCUGGAUCUGUCAUGUGGAGUAAAGUGUUUUUACCCACCAUUGAUUCUGUCGGCCUAGGCUGGAUGUUUGUUCUGAUCGGCUCUAUCAUAAGCGCUACAAUGUUCGCUACACUCGUAGUCCUUCGAGACCCACCACGUGACUACACGGUAAACGGUCGCGAUAUUCAUGGUAACCGUAUUGAAGAAAGAGAGGCGUUGGAGGAUCAGGGAGACGAUAUCUAUACGAUGUAUCAUACACCCAAGAGUGGAGACCAGUCGGAAGCUGCUGAAUUCGGCUAUACUCCUAUUGAGUCAAUGACGCUCAAGGAGGCCAUUCUCUCCACCGACUACAUCUUCAUGUAUUUCACAUUUUUCGCCAACCAACUUUUCGGUAUCAUCGUGGUGUCUCGCUUGUCUAACAUGUGCACUGACAUUUUUAAGAAGAGCGCAAGUACAGCUUCCGACAUGGUUUCUAUUAACAGUGCAUUUAACUGCUGUGGUCGUCUUGCAUUCUCAGUCAUUUCGGACUUACUCGUUCUAAUUUUCAGCGUCGAAAAGACAUACGCACGCAAGAUGGUGUAUUUCUUCACCCUUGGUGCACAGAUUAUUUUGAUAGGAAUGUUACCCACAGUCAUUCGCCAAGAAAGUUUCACAUCGUUCGUCAUCGAGAUUUUCGUGCUUACAAGCUGCUUUGGUGGUGGCCUUGGCACGAUCCCAGCGCUUAUUGCCGACAUGUAUGGACCAUACAAUGUCGGACCACUGCACGGUAUAAUCAUUACGUCCGUAUCAUUUGCUGCAGUUGUGGGCGGCAUCACCUUCAACAAAGCAUACAAUGGCAAGAUUGCCGACGGAAUGAGCGUCGACGAGGCUUACAUCGAUAACUUUCAGGUCAUUCUCGUUAUCGUGUGCAUUGGAUUCGUGAUGCUUUUUUUCGUGCGCACAGAUGUGAAAGACCGCUUUGAGCCAGGCUAUCACUACUCGUUGUGCGGUAAGCGUAUUAUCAGUAUCGCGCCAAGGGAAUAUAAAGCCAGUGGACACACUGGAACGGUCCAAUCGGACUCAACUUGUGAAAUCUCCGAAAAUAUAUGA